UAAGUACAGGGUUGAAUUGAAUAAAUUCCAAAGAAGAUAAGAUCCCCAAUUUCUUAUCCCGUGCGAGCGUCGUGGCCAUGGUAACUGCUGCCGCUGUGCAGUGCGGGCAGACCGAUGGUUGCGCCGCCGCGUUUUGCGCCUCGUGGGCUGCCUCUGCCCGGGCUGAGGACCGCGCUGCCGCACGCAGGCCGAUGGCCGCCGCCGCGGAGCCACGAGACACCGUGUUUGCUGCCGGGCGUUGCCAUGCCGGGCACCGGCCAUUGGCCGCUGCCGCCGCUGUGCGUUACGCGCCUGGCCGCCUCAUCGAAAAAGAUGCAGGCCCGGAGUGCAUCCUCCGCCACGCCGGGGCCGUGGUCCACGGCCGCCUCGGGGUGCAGCGCUGGGAGCAGCCGGGACGAAGGAUGUCGCCGCUCCGCGAGGAGCCUAGCCGAGGUAAACGUCGACCGGGCCAUGGGUUGCUGCCGAAGUUUGCUUUGGACGGCAUUAAAAACGAUGCACUAGAGCGCCUGCACCUGUGCCGCGAACGCCUCGGGCUGAUGCGGGAGGUCGAGGCCACGCGACCACGCGCCGUCUGGAGACCUGCGCCGCCGUGCCGCUCUGCAGGGUGAGGCGUGCUCGCACCACGCGCCGGAGGGCGUGGGCUGCCGCCGGGGACAACGAGAUGCGUCAAGGAACGUUGGGCAUCCGGUCGUGUCGGAGAAACCUUGCUGCCUCUCGGGCAUCAAGGACGUCGCCGGUGACGGAUUGAUGUGGGUGGCCUAAUCGCUCGCUCCAAGUUAGGGCAAAGUGCUGAUAACGUGUAAAGAAGAAAAAGAGAGAGAGGAACGAAUGGAUUGAACAGUAACUGCAUUAACUGAAGAAUAGGGUAUUUAUACGAGUCAAUUACACCACAGGUGUCUGAACUUGGCAAGAAAAAUCAGUUUGAUGCUGAAA